AGCUUCUCCCCAUCGCCGUGCGGAGACUGCGUGCGGGGGCCGCUGUGGGUGCAGCCAGCGAUCGGCGCUUUUAUAAAAGCUGCGGUGCUUCGCGAGGCAGGAGCGCGUCAGUAUUUCUGCAGCCGCCCAUCCCGCGUCUGGUUUUUUUUUCUUUUUUUUUUUUUUUUUUUUUUUUACGGAUUGUCUCCCCACCACAUCUUCCCCUUCUCCCCCCCCCUCUCGGAUAACUCUUCUCUGAUAAGGAAAGUCUGGUGUAUGGUUUUGGCUGAAGCUCGCAAGAUGUCUCGUACCGACGAGGUCCACCGUAUAACGGAGAAUGUCUACAAGACCAUCAUGGAGCAGUUCAACCCCUGCCUGCGAAACUUCGUUGCCAUGGGGAAGAACUACGAGAAGGCCCUCUCCGGUGUGACGUUUGCUGCCAAGGGCUACUUCGACGCUCUCGUGCGGAUGGGAGAGCUGGCCAGCGAGAGUCAAGGAUCCAAGGAUCUCGGUGACGUGCUGUUUCAGAUGGCUGAAGUUCAUCGACAGAUCCAGGUUCAGCUAGAGGAGAUGCUGAAGUCAUUCCACAACGAGCUGCUGACCGAACUGGAAAAGAAGGUGGAGCUGGAUGCUCGCUACCUGACCGCGGCACUGAAGAAGUACCAGAUGGAGCAUAAGAGCAAAGGUGAGAGCCUGGAAAAGUGCCAGGCAGAGCUGAAGAAGCUGCGGAGGAAGAGCCAGGGGAGCAAGAACCCAUCCAAGUAUAGCGACAAGGAGAUUCAGUACGUGGAGACCAUCGGCAGCAAGCAGAGCGACCUUGACAGCUACAUCGCCGAGAGCUACAAGACGGCGCUCUCGGAGGAGCGGAGGAGGUAUUGCUUCUUAGUGGACCGCCAGUGUGCCGUGGCCAAGAACAGCAACGCCUACCACGGCAAGGGCAAAGAUCUCCUGACCCAGAAGAUCCCGAUCUGGCAGCAGUCCUGCUCGGACCCCAACAAGCUCCCGGAGCGAGCCAUCAUCCUCGCACAGCAGCUCACCGCGCCGGGCGGAGGCCUCAUCUCCAGCCCUCUGCACUCCUCCAAAAGCAACCUAGUCAUCUCUGACCCCAUCCCCGGGGCCCAGCCGCUGCCGGUGCCCCCCGAGCUGGCAGCCUUCAUGGGCAGCUCCCAGAGGAUGCUGGGAGCGGACGGAAUGUCCCUGAUGAAUGGCACGACGGGGGUCCAUGGGGAUGAUUACCAGCACUGGGCCGAGGGCCCAGCGGGCCAGGUACGGUCAUCCUCCCCCCAGCCACAAGCCCAGACCCAGAGGCAGGUCAGCGACGUGUACUCCAACACGCUGCCUGUCCGCAAGCCGGCACCCGCCAAGAGCAAGGCUUCUGUGGGUGAGACCAGGACACUGCCCAGGUCCAGCUCAAUGGCGGCAGGGCUGGAGCGUAAUGGCCGGACUCGCGUGCAGGCCAUCUUCUCCCACACCGCCGGAGACAACCGCACACUUCUGAGUUUCACCGAGGGUGACAUCAUCACCCUGCUGGUGCCGGAGGCGCGGGACGGCUGGCACUAUGGCGAGAACGAGAAGAACAAGAUGCGUGGUUGGUUCCCCUUCUCCUACACACGUGUACUGCCAGACAGCGAGAGCGACAAGCUCAGAGUCAAUACCUCGGCCCUGAGCCCCUCUGUGUUCAGCAGCAGCGCUGAGCUUCCUGUAUUCGUGCAGCCUGCACCAUGGGAAGAGCAGCAGCACGGGGAACCUGCUGGAGCGGGACGACUUGGGCUUUCCAGCGGCCGACUACGGCCUGACAGCCCGAAUGCUGGCACAGAACCUGACUCACAGCAGGCCCCGCCCCUACAGUGUGGCGCUGUCGGGCUUCUCGCAGCCAGCACAUGAUGGGUACGAAGACCGGUUUCCUACAAGUUCCGAUGGCAAAUUGAUCUCGACAGUGUGAGAGCAGACAGACACAUGCAGAUCUGAAUAGCACAGCACCCAUCCGGCCUACACCUCUGCUGGCUCUGUUUUUGCAUCCCCUCCCCCCCACCCAUCUCCCUUACUGGGGAGGGCUGGGCGUGUCCUGUCAUUUUGUCAUCCCCAGUCUACCCCUGCCCCACGGUGGGUCAGAAUGCCCCCCAAGAUUGGGCAGAAGGGCCACGGUUAAUGCGUGUGUGUGUGCAAGUGUGACCCACACUUUUAUGGACUCCAGAUCUCCAUUAAUCAGAAGAACGGGAUGGACCGUCAAGGAGACAAUGCAACGUUUGCUGGUCUCACACACUUCAUUUUUUUAUUUUUAUUUUUUGUGGAUUUGAAGGAUGAACUGGCAACGUUAAAAGAAUAAUUUCUCUCCGCUGUGAACAGAGACACGUUGUCUGACCAAUCACCGUCAGUCCGCUUCUUGUCGUUCAUUGUCAUGGACACACUUUUAAUAAAAAGCCACACCAAGGAAGGAAUGUGGAAGGAGUUCCAGGGUUAGACCAUGGGGGACUGGAUUUUAAGAAAGAAAGAAAGAAAGAAAGAAAGAAUUCUUGCUUGGAUUUGUAUUACAAAAGGUUUGGUACUUCACAUCCUUUGAGAUUUCUCUCUCCUUUUUGUGAUGUGAUGUUUGCGUUUCUCCGUUUUGGAAAUAUUGAAAUGAGAUAUAUUUUUCUAAAAGUUUGUUUCUGUGCUGCUAAAUGAGACUCAGCUGAUGAGUAGGACUGCUGGACGUGAUGAAAAGUAAUGAUCCUAUAACAUGAAAAUUAUAUGUAUAAAAUGGCUGCUAAUGAUGAAAUGGGAUUUAUGUUUUGCAAAUGGAUGGUGGUUUUCUCGACUUUGUUCUGCGGCCAGGACUUUAAAGCAAGACCUGGUUAUGAGCCAGUAUCAGUGUGUUUAUUUUAUUUGUUUUGUGAAUCAGAUAUUGUGUGAAAUCUAAUGUAAAUCCUCGUUUCUGAAAUCGGUUCAGGCGUGAGAACCAGUACAUAUUUCCUGUGAUGCUGCACUGGGAAGGGGUGUGGCUUCAAAUGGCCCCGCCUCAUUUUCCACAUGGCCCCUCCUACACUUUGCAUCUAGUAGAGGAAUGUCUUGUAACAGCAAGAGACGGCUGCAUUUGCGUAAGUCAGAAUGGGAAGAACGCUGCCAUUGUUGGCCUUGCAUGUCCGUCAAGUGGAACUGCCAGGAUCUGAUUGGACCCUGUAACUGUUGUAGCUCCUCCCACUGUUUAGUUUUCCAUAGUGCAAAGCAUCUUUCCAUCAGUCCUUGUUCACAGUGCAUAAGGAAACCCUUACAAAGAUGCUCUGUGGGCCUGAUUAACUUUUCUGGAUCCCACACCUGAUGACAAAGUAAUACUUGAUGAAAUAACGACAAGAUUAUGUUUGAGUAACGUGUCACAUAUAUGCUGCUGUUUAGUGUUGACUGCUGAGGCAUUUUUUUGCCAAGUUUUUUUUUCCCCUAUUUCAGGCAUAUUUUAAUGUGUCUGUAUUACUUUCUCAAAAGGAAUCUGAAGAUGGACAUAUUUGUAAGGGAAUUAGUAGGUCCAUUGUCAUUUGAUGUCAUCAAUUUCCAUUCCAGCUUUUAGAUGUGAGUUGAUCCACCUCUGUUGAUGUGUCCUCUGCACAAAAAUACAAGGAUUGAAACUGCAGCUCUGAUGUGAAAGCAGUAGUCAGACAUCGGUGUGCAGGUGGUAAUGGACUAAACCACAAUGUCCAAGCUGUAUGCAAUUCUGAAAUUCACGCUGGACCGGUACUGUGAUUCUUAUGGUCACCACCCUCUCCCCCCCCCCCAUCCAAUGUGGUACAGUCCGAAUCCUGUCCAAUCACAUUUGAUACUGAGUCAUGUCAUCUCCCUGAGCCAUGUGUAGCCUUUGGCUGAUUGGCUGAUCCUGAACCUCCUCCUUGUCUCUUCCCGUCUAUUGCCGACGUUGAGGAUGAACAGGAAAGAGGAUUUUGUUCUGUAUGCUACUGCUAAUGACCAAGGUCUUCAAGGCUCCAUCUCCCUCCACUAGCCUUCCAAAGCAUUUUUUUUAAGUUGCUAAUUUUGUUUCGAUAUUGAUAUUAUGGUGACUUUUUUUGCACAAAAAGCAGUGAACCCAGCAUCCCUGGGGGCCCAGGUGCCCCGUCCCUCCCCCUCCAUGUUUCUAAACUUGGUCUUUCACUGUGUUUCCAAGGUGACUGAAGUGACCAAGGCCCCAGCUCCUUUCCCAGCAUCCUUUGCUGGUUCGUUGGUUCCCAGUUGUCUCCCGACUGAUCUUUAGUGACUCAUGUUAUUCCAGCUGAUUAUUUCAUUUUACGUUACGUUAUAUCCGCUGAGCCGUUUGUGUACUUUGUGCCAGCUUUCUCGUUGACCCUGCUACGUACGUGUCCAGAUGCGAUGGGAAUGAACCAGAAUGGCAGGCAGGCAGCCACAUGUCCGCAAGGCUGGUGGUCUAUAUAAGUCUAUAUAAUGGUUUAUAUAACAGUCUAUAUUAUUGAUGUCUUUCCUAUCAAACUCGUUUUUGUCGUAAGCAAAAGAAGAACAAAAAAAUAUAUAUAUAUAUAAUCUAAAAUGUGUAUAUUAAAGCGAUUUAUAGCAUGCAUGCUACUGGGAGCUCCAGAGCCAUGUCAUGUUGAAAAAUGACCCUGGAUGUAUGUGACUUUAUACUUUGAAAACGGGAAAAAAAUAAAUUUUUCUUCAUACAAAAUGUCCUUUUUUUUCCCCUCCCUCCCCCCCCGAAAAGUUUCAAUACUUUUUAAAUAUAUUUGAAUAGGGCUGUAGUCAUGGUGACCGGUAUGACAUGAGGUCAUGGGAGGUACUUUUGGGCCCGUAAAAGCAAGUGACCAUGUGACUCAAUUGCUGCCUGCUUGCCCCCCCCCCUUUCCCCCUCUCUCUCUCCCUCUCCACCCCUCUUUUCCUCACCCUUUUGGAUGUCCUUGUUGUUACUGUUGAAAUGAUUACUGGAGAGAUGUAUUGUUUGAUUUGCUUUGUGAGGCGCAAUUCUGCAGUUGGUUGUAACUAUGGGUCUCCUGGGUUUAUAUGUGACAUUAACUGUAGCUGUGGAUGGGUGAAUAUGUGAAUUUUUAAAGUUUAAAAAAAAAAAGAUUGUUACUGUGGGGGAGAAAAAAAAAAGUGUUCUAAGCUAAGCAAGACAGUAAUUCAUAAAAACAAUUGGG